CACAAAGCAGCCUGGGGUAUUAUUAUUGAUCGUUGUUUGUAGAACCCGCACAACGACGGGAAGAAGCUGCUCUAUCCAUUACUGCUGCUGCGUGCGGGACGGUCAACGGUAGGGGAGAAGAUAGGCGACUAGCUGCGCUUGCGCGUGUUUCCGUCCGCUGCAGCAAAAUAUCGUACCCAAGUGGCUCUGCGUCCGGAUGGCUUCACGUUUUAGUCCUCCCGAAAAGCUCGUCGACCUCUGAUGUGUUUUUACAUUUGUUUUCAUUUUGAGUUGCGUUAAAAAAUUUUGUUUAUUUUUGCCUAAACUUUCACCCUUUUCUUCUGUCGGCCUUUCCUCGAUCAUGGGAAUGAGACCCACCUGGAUGAGGUUCACGUGCAAAUAAGACAUUCCCAUUCUACUUAAAUUCUGUGAUUGACAGUUCAAUUUAACGUCAACGUCUCCGUGCUGCCAAGGUCGACCUGUUGUAUUGUGCAGCAUUAAGAAAAAUCCGACAGUCUGCGAGACGAUGAACAGCUACGUUCAGAUGACUUGUUACGAUCACGGAGGUGUGGAAGAGGACGACAGCUCCAUCUUGACGGCGUCAGUCCCGACAGCUGAGACAGCCAACUUUAUCAGCCCAACGGUCCACAUACGCACGUUUCCGGUAGCGGAAGGUGGAGGUACCGGAUCGGGUGUCUUAUCCUGCUGGGCGCGCAUUCGGAAUGGCUGGAGAUCGCACACGGCGCUGGAGCGGAGCCUGUUGCUGGUGACUUGUGGAUUAGUCAUGAUGAUGGCGCUCAUCUUACCUGUUCUCCUCUCAGCCUACGUCAACCUGAAAUCUAAACAGGACCUUCGUUUACUGCACAUUAGCCAUCGAAGUGGAACCAGCAACUCUCUAGACGAUAGGUGCGGCUUAUGCACGAGCGCUGCGUGCGUGAGCGCUUCUGCGUUGAUGAUGUCGGCAAUGGAUACGUCGGUUGAUCCUUGUCAGGAUUUUUUCCAAUACGCGUGUGGCCGAUGGAUUCGCACGAAUCCUAUUCCUUCAGGAAAACCCAUUUGGGGCACGUUCGAUCGACUUUGGCAAGAUAACCAGAUCGUCAUGAAAACCAUCCUCGAACAACCAGCAGAAUCGUUAGUAAGUGAAGCGGAGAAAAGAGCCCAGCGCUAUUAUCAAUCCUGCCUGGAUAUUAACGAAACAAUGGAAGCGCUAGGUAGCAAACCCAUCCUUGAAUUACUGACCCAAAUCGGAGGAUGGUCGGCUAUUGAGCCGCGGAAUUCAGAAGCCGAGAAACGCUGGGUAUUUCAAGAAGCCCUUCAGACAGCCCACAACGUCAUGAAUAUGGGCGGUUUCUUCACAUGGGCUGUGGCUGAAGACGACAAGAAUUCAUCUCGUCACAUUAUUCAAAUGGAUCAGAGUGGACUGACACUGCCCAAUCGAGAUUAUUACAUCAACAAGACGGAGAACGACGAAAUUCUUGUCGCCUAUCUGGACUACAUGACAAAGGUGGGCGUAUUGUUGAGCAGCUCGGUAGAUCCACAACAAAUUCGUACGGAGAUGAAGGACAUAAUCGAACUGGAGACCCGUAUCGCACAAAUCACUGUCGCGUCAGCUGAAAGACGAGACGAGGAGAAACUCUAUCACGCUCUCACUGUUGCUGAUCUGCAAAAUCUAGCACCAUUCCUCGAUUGGAAUGCUUACUUUCAGUCGGCAUUUUCUCAAGUCAACAUUUCAAUCACACCGUCGCAUCCUGUGGUCGUCUUCUCGCCAGACUUUCUGCAUAACCUGUCUGUAGUAAUCGAAGACCUGGUCGUCACAGACAAAGGAAAAAGGAUGCUCCAUAACUACAUGGGAUGGCAUGUUGUCCGCUCUUAUUUAUCCUAUUUGCCAAAGGCAUUCAGAGACGCUGGCAAAAUUCUACGAAAGUUGUUGAUGGGCUCUGAUGGUAACGAGGAGACGUGGCGCUCUUGCGUCACAGAUACCAACAGCGUGCUGGGCUUCGCCGUCGGUGCCAUGUUUGUAAAACAAAAUUUUCACGGCGAGUCUAAACCUCUAGCAGAAAACAUGAUUGCUGCCGUCAAAGAGGCUUUUAAAAAUAAUUUCGACAAUCUUGAUUGGAUGGAUGAGGAAACUCGAUUAGCGGCCAGAGAUAAAGCUGAUGCCAUCACCGAUAUGAUAGGUUACCCCAAGUUCAUUUUGAAUCCGCAAGAACUGGACGAGCUGUACGGUGAUUUGAAAAUCGAAUCAAACGAAUAUUUCCUGAACAACGUUCGUUCAAACCAGUUUGCCUUGCGUCAAAAUCUGAUUAAACUCAACGAACCUGUCAACAAAACUCUCUGGGGAAUGACCCCUUCGAUGGUCAAUGCUUACUACACUCCCAACAAGAAUCAGAUCGUAUUUCCGGCGGGUAUUCUGCAACAACCAUUUUUUGACAAUUCAUUUCCUUAUGCACUAAAUUUCGGAGCCAUGGGCGUCGUUAUGGGUCACGAAUUGACGCAUGCGUUCGAUGAUCAAGGGAGAGAAUUCGAUCGUAAUGGUGACUUGGCACCGUGGUGGAAUAACGCAACCAUCGAACGCUUUCAAAAACGCACAGAAUGUCUAGUCCAACAAUAUUCUUCUUACACUAUCAAUGGUCAGCCCCUCAAUGGGAAACAGACAUUAGGGGAAAACAUAGCUGAUAAUGGCGGAUUGAAAGCAGCUUACCAUGCUUUCGAUAAUUGGGCCGGCAGCAGCGACGAUGAGCUCGUCCUGCCCGGACUAAACUUGACUCGCAAUCAACUUUUCUUUCUAGCUUUCGCUCAGGUAUGGUGCUCUUCGAGUACAAAGGAGGCUCUCCAUCUGCAAAUAUUGAACGAUCCACAUUCGCCAGCCCGUUAUCGGGUGAUAGGGCCGGUGUCCAAUAUGCCUGAAUUCGCGUCAGUAUUUGAAUGCCAAUCAGGCACUCCAAUGAACCCGAAGAAUAAAUGCGAAAUUUGGUAGCAAGCAUAAAACACAACGUGAACGAUUAUCAAAGUCUGUCGAAGAAAUGGUUUUGUAAAAUGUUCUAUAAAUUACCUUUCCGCUGGUUGUUUUUACCAUUGAUGUUGUAUUUAUUAUGUCAGAAAAAUACUACGCCCCUUGCCAAACUAAUCAUAUCGUACAGAUGAUGUGUCGUCAUCCAUGAUCUCCCAAUUAUCAGUCAAGGGGUUUCAGUAUAUUCCUGUGUGUUCUCCGUUAUAUCAUCAUCUGUCUUGGUCUAUUGCACUAUUAUUAUUGUGUAAUAAGUCACACAUGAAUCAAAACAAAAAUGCUAAAUAUACAGCUAAACGCUUUUCAACAAAA